UAAUCAGCGGUGUCACGGACCAGCGCGCGGAUGUCAAGUUGCAAGCGAGCACACCUGUCGCCUGUCGUUGGGCAGUGAGUUUGCUGGACUCGUCUCAGGCUUGUUUGGAUUCAUCUUACUGAUGGUGAACCACUUCAGUUUAAUUUCACAAUGCCGCAAGUAGGAAAGUUUUUUAUAAUUCAGGUGUUUGCUAUUUACCUCUGCACUGCCCAAGGUAAUCAAUGAAUAUUAUUGUUGUUAGCUAGAUCACAAAUAUUGUUUUAUUCAAUUAUUUUUAAAAGAAAGCGUAGAGCUGAUAAAAAUUCUAGUUCUUAAAGUUCGCAUUUGGGGGAAAAUGCUAGACUAUUUAGGUCAGUUUCUGGUUUACCGGUCGACUAAGCGAACUCGGAUAAUUGACAUAGAUGAUCGACAUUCCUUGCUACGCUUAACACAACUCACGCGGAAUGGCUGAAAUAACAUGUGUGCCUUACAACUGCACAGAUGUAGAAGAUUUCGCUCUCUCCUGGUGCAUGUUUUAGAUUCCCAAUUCAAGUUACAGUGAUAGCUUACAAACACGGGCAUAAGAGUAAUCGACACAUACGCGAUACCAACCCCGAUAUCAAGGGUACCAGCAAGGAGACCUUUUCCCCUUCUCCUCCCCCCCCCCCCCCCCCCCCCCCCCCCCCCCCCCCCCCCCCCCCCCUCCCCCCCCCCCCCCACCCAGCCGGGUGCCGACACACCAUACCUUAAUCCUGCCUUGCCUCCCGGCUACCCCCCCUGCCGACCGGUGGACGCCUCACGCCCCCCCACUCCCCGCCCGCCCCCCCCCCCGCGCCCCCGCCGCCCCCGUCUCUGUCUCUUCCCUGCUCCUCUCCACCAGUCGCCCCUUGUCCCCCUCUCUCCCCCCCCCCCCCUCCCCCCCGCCAUACUCUUACCGUGCGCGGUUUUAGGGGGGCAUAAACGGGGGGAGUUUUGGGAACCAAUUAUUUCGGUCUCUUACCCCCCGGACGGACACGGCCGAGGGGGGGGUGGCAACUUUUCCCCCCCCCCCCGCCCCCCACCUUGUGUGUCCGAGGGUUAAAACAUGCUUUUCAUUUUUUCCUUCAACACCACUCAGAGAUCAUCGGGGUUAACUGAUAUAUGCCAAUAACAUAUGUCUUUCAGACGCUGUUUUUCAGUUUAAAAGAUCAGAAAUAAACGUGCCGGAGGAUUCAGGACAAGUCACUGUUGUGAUCGAGAAUACCGGUAAUACGGAUGUGUCUGCUAGUGUGAGGUAAGAAAAUUACAAACCAUUUGAGAUUUCUAUCACCUGCAUUACUAUUGUCAUCACCAACACCACGACCAUCGCUAUCAAAAACAUCCUAUAAAUGGCUUGGAAUAAAACGUCAAACCCGAUCUGUGACCCUUUGGUGCACGUGUAGCCGACAAGGCCUUGUCUCCCAGUUAUCUAUUGCUGAAAGUUCGGGUUCCGCGGUAGAUUGGUCACAAAUAUUCAAUUCCAAUUUUAUUUAACAAACAUACAUCUUUUUUUCUUGUUCCAGGGUAACUACUUCGGAAAUAACAGCCAGUCCCGAUGUAGACUAUGGAACGACAGAUUCAAUUGUAAUUUUUGCAUCCGGUGACGCAGAGAAAACUGUUUCGAUUUCAAUAAUCGACGAUGAUGAGGUUGAGGGAGAGGAAGCUUUUGAAGUCAAAUUAGCACUUAACGAUCCAGCCCAACCCGGUGUGACGAUUGGUGAUCGAGCCAUGACAACUGUAGUUAUUGAAGAUAUUGAAGGUGUUUCAACUGCAUUAGCUACUCUUACAACAGAAAGCACCUCCACGGCGGGUAAGAGCGAGGCUCGGUGUGGAACCACAUUCUCGAUUCUAAAACCCCUUGUUGAAUUGAUAGGUUUCCUUGGUUGGAGGUAA